UCGUAGGAACAAGACCUAAGGUACUGCUGGGAGCUCCAAAAACCCCUGGGGGGUUGUUCUUCAACAAGCCCAACUAAACCAGAGACAUGUGUGGGGAAUGAAAUAGCUGAAAAAUAUCAAAAUUCACUGAAGCGUGCCUACCAGGGCCGUCUCUGUUAAACUUCUACCAAGGACUCGCCUUCUUUUUCACUUGCAGGGUAUAUUCAGCUCUUAACUCUGACAGCUAACUUAUGCUCCUGGGUAAUUUGUAUAAACAUGUGAACUCAGUUGAUGGUUUUCACUUUUCUCCUUGAGCUCCUUGUCAGCUGAGAGGGGUUUUCAGUGGGGGUUUGAGAAAAGACCACAGAGCAUUUUCAGCUACCUGCUGACGGCUCGGAUCGCUCACACUCCCGGCUAAAUGGAUGACGGGUUGCACUGUGGCCUCUGCUGAAAGCAGCGGCUGUAUCUGUUCCAGCGAAAGGGCAAUAGUUGCUGAUGCCUUAACCUUGACGCUUUAUCAGAUGAAAAAGUGAAAGACAGCUGGUCGAUGUCGGUGGGAAUCCGCAGUAGGAUAUUCCCGAGUCUAUCAACACCUCACAUCGAUGAGCCCGCAAGUAAGGAUGUCACUGCUUCACUGCACAGGAAUGUGCUGUCAUGGGGUGUGUGGCGGGGGCAAGAGGCGAAGGAGAGUGUGUCUCCUCGAGCAGUAGCACAAUCCUCCUACUGUCAGGGGACAGAUAUUAAAUCCUUUGGCAGAGUUUCCAACCUGUUCCGGACUGCAAGUGUUCCAGAUGUGGCGGGAAAGCGUCCACAGACGUCGUUUUCGUCCAUCACCAUCGCAGCCCGGAAGGUCUUUUCUACCUCACAGGAAUAUUUAUAUCCAUCCACUCCAGUAAGGCCUUUGAGGCUAUCAACUCAUCCAGAACAGCAAGAAAACUUUGGGAGAAAGGUUUUAUCCAUAUCUUCAAUGAGUGAUUCAAACCCUCAGCCGGGUGUGUGCAGACGGAACACGACCAUCUUGACGCCAAAUGAGUCCAGACGGGCCUACUCACCAGCUGAUGGAUUGAGAUGCUCCGAAAAGAAGAGAGCCCAACUUUUACAUCAGAGAUACCCAGAGGAGGACAGAAAGGAGAAAGUGAUAGGUGGCUCAGUAAUGAACCUGUUUGCCCUGCGGCCUUCUUACCGAUCUUGUAUCCAUCAUGAGGUGCCUCUGAGGUCCAAUAGCUCGGUCGUGUUUUUGGACAAGUCACUUUGUAUAUCCCUUGCAGAACUAGAGGGAAGAAGAGCAGGUCAGCCACCUUUGUAUACAUCCACCUUGUCUGUUCGCCUUAGUGUCUCUUCUUGCCACAGAUUCUCCAGAGAUCACAAAAUAGCCAAAACAAACGAGGGUUUCGGGAGACGCAGAGCAGCCACGUUGGGCAGCAAAAACCACAAUGGCCGCGAUAGUUCUUUGGGUCACUGCAGAGGUCCUCUAUUGAAGAACCUGGGUGAGGUCGACCAAACAGCACCCACUCACGGUGUAAACAACAAGGCUGACGAUUCAAAUACGCACGGCCUUGGCUCUACUUCAGGAUUACUGUCAUUCAAAGGCCCCUCAUCCACAAAGAAGAACAGGAAUGCAGAUGAGGCAGUCAUCUCUGUUCGGAGCAAUUUCAGGCACAGGAAGCACACUUUGAGCUCUGGCCAAGUGGACUCCAGAACAAAGGGCAAGCAAGCAGGAACUGACAAGACAGCAGAAGGACAAAAAGAUGGCUGUUCCAAAGAACGUGAAACAGUUUCCACUUCAGAUACGACCUGUUGCUAUCAUUCCAAACUGCAGGCCAGUGCUCUGGAGGGCACACCCAAGACUCUCAGUCUGAAAGAGGCUUUGGAGCUCUUCAGACCAGAUUUCAUCUGCAGAUCUCAGGGUCGGGUGAGGAGAUUGGAGCAGAGGGCUCGGAGAAGGAAAGCACUGCAGGACUCCAAUCCAGACCUUGUGCAGGGCCUCGGGGAAGAUCGAGGCAAGCAAAAGAGGAAAUGCACCACACCGGAUCCACUUAGUGAUAACCUUUUCAAGCCUAGAGAGAGGACUAUAUCAGGCAGGGAGAUGCAGCUGAGGUCCAGACGGAUUUACAACAAGCUGCCGGAGGUGACAAAGAAGAAGGAGGAGGAGAAAAAGAGAGCUGUAUCACAAAGCAACAGAUUGCGAGCAGAGGUCUUUAAAAAGAGACUCCUGGACCAGAUCUUGCAAAGAUAAACGAGACACCGAAAGGCAAACAGGGUUAAUUCACUGAUCGUCCCGGCUCUUUCUACGUGUUUAUCGAAACUGACUCAGUUCAAUAAAUCUUAAUCGCUGCCAUUGCCUUUGCAUAUGUAUGCAUUUCACUGGGGCUUGAUUUUCAGUUAAAUAUCUGGCUGUAUCUUUGCACUUUGCAUCCUGACUGCGACAGCAAGCAAGGAUUUGAUUUUGCUGACACUGCUUCCGAGCUUUUAUUGUCUUACAGGAGGACAUCAUUUAUCUGUAUGAUUUGAUUUGACAUGUAACCGAGACAUACUUAGACAUCCGCUUAUGCCUCAAUGGCAGAUUAUGGGAAAAUGAUUUUUGCUGACCACAAUCAUGCUGUAAAAAGUGCAGAAAAAGUUGUGUACACCGUGAAAGGUGUGUGCUGUUAGAGCUGAAGUUUCACUCCUACCACGACAUGCUCUUAAUUAAAUAUUGAUAUGAAUUUGUCAGUAGCUUAAUUAUAAAUAAUAUUUGUCUUUUUGAAGCUUGAAUGUCACACAUAUUGAUCAUGUAAUCUGAUGACUUUCUUUAUCAACAAUAUCAGUUUCAUUGGUUGAACAGUACCUCAAGUGUUACAAAGUGAAAUAAAAAUAUUCCAAGGACA